AUGCUGACACUACUGGUCUCCUGCCUCAGCCUAAGCGGAGAGCUCACGCUUGGCCUCGUAGUGCCAUCCUUUCCGUGGACGUUCGGGCCGUACCAGGCGCAAGGGCUGCAGCUGGCCGUCGAGCUCAGCUCGCGGCACGGCUGGAAGGUGUAUUGGCUACCGGUUGUGGAGUCGCUCCCCGAGGGCCUGUAUCGGACGAGCGACGAGGCGGCCGCGACGGCGCGCAUGCGCCGACCGCCUCCGGGCUGGGACGACGAGCAUGGCGCGCACAUUGCCGGCUACAUCGGCCGGAGCUGGGGCAUCUACCCGCGAGUCAAGCAGGUUGGGGAGCUCAACAAGGCUGCGCGGGAGCACGGGCUACACGCGUACGUGAUGCUGAUGGACGUCAACAUGCUGCUGCGCGACGAGGAUUUUGCCAUCCCCGCCCUCUCCUGGUUCCCCUACCACUUUGACUCGCUCAACCACGUGGACGGAUACACGCUGGCCGCCUUCAGCGGCGCUGCAGACGCCUCGCCCGUCACGGCGGCGAGCGAGAGAGGCUGGCGACGCGCGGGACGCAAGCUGCCCGUCCGUUGGAUCCCGCACAUCGUCGAGCCGGAGCUGCUCGGCGUCGGCGGGCCGCCGCACCCGCUGACCCUCCCGGCCGGCACGUUCCUGAUCCUGAUGCAGGGCGGCAACUACGAGCGGAGCGACCGAAAGGCUAUAGACACCUGCUAG